CCGCCUCACUCCAGCCUCUUGGCUGGUGGGAAGGGGCCGAAAUGGCCGCGCCAGGCGCUGGGGCGACUCGGCUGCUCCUCCUCUUGCUGAUGGCGGCAGCAGCCCCCAGCCGGGCGCGGGGUAGUGGUUGCCGGUCCGGGGCCGCUGUGCGGGGGGCGGGGGCGGAAGGUCGAGAGGGCGAGGGCUGCGGCGCCGUGGGGCUGCUGCUGGAGCACUCAUUUGAGAUCGAUGAUAGUGCCCACUUCCGGAAGCGGGGCUCGCUGCUCUGGAACCAGCAAGAUGGCACCUUGUCUUUGUCGCAGCGGCAGCUCAGCGAGGAGGAGCGGGGCCAGCUCCGGGAUGUGGCAGCGCUGAAUGGCCUGUACCGUGUCCGCAUUCCACGGCGGCCCGGGGCCCCUGACGGCCCAGAAGCUGGUGGCUACGUCUCCUCCUUUGUCCCCGCGUGCUCCCUGGUAGAGUCGCACCUCUCGGACCAGCUGACCCUGCACGUGGACGUGGCCGGCAACGUGGUGGGGGUGUCAGUGGUGACGUACCCUGCGGGCUGCCGGGGCCACGAGGUGGAGGAUGUGGACCUGGAGCUGUUCAACACAUCAGUGCAGCUGCAGCCGCCGGUCCCGGCGCCAGGGCCCGAGACAGCAGCCUUCAUCGAGCGCUUGGAGAUGGAGCAGGCCCAGAAGGCCAAGAACCCCCAGGAGCAGAAGUCCUUUUUUGCGAAAUAUUGGAUGUACAUCAUUCCCGUGGUCCUGUUCCUCAUGAUGUCGGGAGCGCCAGACGCCGGGGGCCAGGGCGGGGGCGGCGGCGGCGGCGGCGGCGGCGGCGGCCGGUGAGGGGCCCAGGGCCCGUGAGUACCCCGUCCUCUUUUGUUCAGCGGACGCCCUUCCUGCCCAGCGCGCUCGUGUCCUUGGUCUUCACAGGAAGGAUUUGCCGGCCCCUCCUGUCUCCCCGUCGCGUGAGGGUAGGAGAGCGCCCCCUCCCCAGGAGUCCCUUCCGUCUGGGCCUUGGCGUUACUGGUGGCGGAAGGGCAGCGGGUUCUGGGCCCUGCUGCACCCCGCCCUCCCCUGUGACCCCGCUGUAGCCCAGAGGCUUCCCUUUGCCACAGGAUAGAGCCCAAGCUCCUGGUCCAGCUCUGACCUCACUUCUUUUUCCACCCCUCCACCCCCUGAGGCCCUGCAGUUUGGGAACAUGCCUAGUUCUCUCCAGCCUCUGUGCCUUUGUCGUGGUCUUCUCGCCCUGCCUGGCCAGGUUAGAUGAUACCCCUAACUUGUCUGACACUGGAUUGGGACACCAGCCUCCUGUCUGUCUGCCCUUGAGGGCACCCCGGGGCUCCUCGCAGCCCAGAGCUGGCACAGAGCAGGGGUGGGCUGGCCACGGGCGCCCCCCUUUCCAUCCCUCCGUGCAGCCCUGUCCCCUGUUUUGGUCUGUAUCGGCCCACGGCUCUUACUGGGAGUCGAGAAUUCCUGCCAUCAGGGUGCCAGGCCCUCCAUAGGUUUCUAGGCUUGCAGAAGUGAUGUUGAAAGUCAAAACAAACAUUUAGUGGAGUCAGGGGCCAGAUGAUGUAAAUAGAAUCCCUUUCCUGGCCUGGGUAUCUUCCUUGGGACUUGGCUGGGUCCUUGCUAUCUAACUCCCCUCCUCCUUUUGUCUAUUUAAAAACAUUGUCAAGGCAACAUAUUGAAAUAGGUAAACAUUUUGGAAAGUUACAACUUGCAACAGCCCAGUGCAGCUGUUGACUUGGCUAAGAGGUGGUCAGGAUGUACCGGUGCUGCUGAAUUCCCCUGGUCACUGUGUGUGUUAUUCAGAAACACCAAAAAAUGGCCGCCGUUGUCAUGGUAACAGCUGCAUCAGGCUCCACGGUGUCUGUGUAGCAGUUUAUUAAACUGUCCUCGAAACGUUCAGCGUUCA